AUGACGGACGCAAUAGCGUCGACUCUCCCGAUAGAUAAAGCUACAUAUGCGCCACUGAUCCAUCUUGAAUUCCGUUACCGUCAAGUAGAUACCGUCCUGGCUUUAGCCUAUGGUGGUGCCUGCUUCUUCUCGUUUUGGGCUUUUGCUAUGCACGCACAGUCACCCACACGACAGGCUGCUACACUUGGCUUUUACUUGCUUAUGGGACUGGCCUCACUCACUCGUGUGUUGUGGUUUGCCACACCUUAUGGCGUUCAAUCAGUCAUGGUGGCGCCACCUCGGAUCAUGAUGAAUGACGACGGCUGGGCUCACUUUCUUCUGGCAGAAACAGUUGAGCUGCUAGGCUCUUUUUUACUUUACAGUGUCUUUGUGCUCAUUGUCGUCUUCUGGGCCGAUAUGCUACGUCGUCUCUUUACUCAUGAUAGUGUACGGUCGCAUCCAUUGCGGCUCUUUGUCUUUGUGUCGAGUGCUAUUGUAACGAUUCAAGCAAUAGGGUUUGCAGCAUUUGCAGCAAAAAGAGUGGACUCGUAUUGGCUCAUGGUCUACGAUGACGUUGUCAUGUGUCUCUUGUCGAUUGGAUCGUUGGCAGCGGUACUAGUGUACUCGUUCCGUAUGAAAACCGUCUUGCAGGCUUUCCUCGAGGUUAGUCAGAUUGACACGACCGAUAGGAUCAAGGCGGUCAAUUGGGCGACAUCCAUCUGUGCGUUCUUUCUCAUCUCCAACACUGUUUUUCUCACGUACUCGAUCGUGAGCCUCGCACAUUUUCACAAAGCGGGAGUUUACCUUGAAUCCAAGUGGUGGCUUUUUGUAGCAUCCAAGCAUCUUGUCGAGAUUUUCGUGCUGUACUUCCUAUUGUACACGUUGUGGGGGAAAAGCUCGGACGAUGCAGAGAACUCGAAGGAUGGGUACGAGCCUAUCCCAGAUGGGAAUUACCUCGUUGACGACGACCUCAACACGUCAACCUCGUUAUCUAGUACACCAAGGCGUCACUACUAG